AUGCCAAACACAACUCAACUCCACCUCCCCUGCGGCCCAGUCAAAGCAGCCCUAACUGACAACCUCAUUCACGCACGAGGAAUCCCAUACGCAACAUCAGCCCGCUUCCAGCCUCCCCAAUCCACCGCCAAAUGGACAUCACCACUCGAUUGCACCGCACGAGCACCAAUAUGCCCACAGCUCCCAUCCCGCCUCGAGUCCGUAAUGGGCCCCUUAACCGAUGGCCAUCCCAUGGAUGAGACCUGCCUCGUCCUCUCCAUCACCGCGCCGGCGCGCGCCCAGCACGCCCCCGUGCUGGUCUGGCUCCACGGGGGCGCCUAUAUCUCCGGCGGCGGAGACCUGGACUGCUACCAGGGCUCUGAUCUCGCCGGCCGCGGCAUCGUCUGCGUCAACGUGACCUACCGCCUCGGCGUGUUCGGGUACCUUCCCAUCGACGGCGUCGCGCCGGCGAACCUCGGGCUGUUGGAUCAGAUCGCAGCGCUGCGGUGGGUGCAAGAUAAUAUUGCUGCGGUGGGCGGGGAUCCGGGGAACGUCACGCUGGCGGGGCAGUCGGCGGGGGCGGACUCGAUGGUUUGUAUGCUGGCUGCGGAGGGGACGCGCGGGCUGUUCCAUCGCGUUAUUCUGCUGAGUCCCCCGCUGGGAGAGCUCCACGGCCGCGCGGAGACGCGGGCGCGUCUGGCUGAGAAGGCGGAGACGCUGAUGACCAAGGAUCCGCGGGAGAUGACGAUAGCAGAACUGCUGGAUCUGCAGAAGAAGCUCCUGCUUGAUCCGGUGCGGGGGAGGCUCAUGCUGUUCGCGCCGACGUUUGGGGCUUACCCGCUGCCGAGCGAGGACGCGGUUGAGUCGAAGAUCGUGGAGGCGGCGAGGGGCGUCCCGGUGCUUAUUGGGUGGACGGCGCAUGAUGGGCGGCCGUUUGCGUCGAUGAGCGGACCGCUGUGUAGUCUGUACUCGAUGCCGUUUGUUGGGGGGUUGCUCGAGGCGCUGGGGACGUGGUACAUGACGCGGAGGUAUUUCAGUCUGCCGUCUCAACGACUGCAUGCCAGACUGGUACAGGCCGGGUGUGCGUCGACUACUUGCUCGUUCGAGUGGGGUGCGCAGAACAACCCGUUGCAGGCCUGUCAUACCAUCGAUAUCCCGUUUGUUCUUGGUGCGCCAGGCGCGUGGGAGAAGGCCCCCAUGCUGCAAGGAAGCGAUGCCGAAGAGGUCCUGCGUCUGGGCGAAGAGAUGAAAAACCUAUGGACGCGGUUUGUGCACGGAGACCGAUUAACAGGCGAGCACAUUGCCAUUGGCAAGGAUUUUGUCACUUCGGAUGAUAUGUUCAUUGAAUGA